UAAGCCAAGAUGGCAGACGACGGUGAAAGCGAUUCCGACUUUUUGGAAUACAAACUUUGCUCUUUCCAGGACGAAUUGUCUCUGGACGGGAUUAAAAACAUUCUACUAUGUCCUCGCUACCACAUCCUUGUCAUUCUCUAUAACGAUGCCAAUUUACAUGUUUUCCGCGCAUCGGACACCCGACAACAACUGAAAACUGUGCCCAACAUCAGCUCAAUUCAUUAUGACAGCAAUGAACAUCAUGAGACUACAUUGUGUAUGCACCACAUAGAUGGUAAAUUGUCAGCUUUUUCCUUGGAGGAUGAUCUGAGAUAUCUUUUUACUUGUGAGGAAUCUGUAUUGGCUCUGGUGCUAUGUAAAGAAGGUCUUGAACUCUUUAAAUCUACUGCACCUUAUUUACUUGGUUAUGCACACUCUUCAGUUAUUUUACUUACCAAGAAAAGGCCAACUAAUUGCCAAGCUAGUUCUGAUGCCAUCGCUACUACUACUACCCUUACCAUAGCUUGUGUGUAUUUUACCAGUGAAGCAUCACAGAAACCCUGCUGUCAGUACACUAUUGUAUUGUCAGACCAAUUUGAAGAGGAUCAUAUUGUGCCAUCAGUUCAACUUUAUGAGUCAACUAUAUCUGUUCUAAACUGGCCACAACACACACUUUAUCUAUAUGAUAGCAGUGAUGGAGUAUGUUACCUUCAGGUUGAUCUUUGCUCUGUUGUUCACCUCUGUAGCAGUAUGCCCCGGUUUUGGUGUAUGUCAAAUGAUGUUGCACAUCUCUUCCUUAUCACUGAAAUAAACUCUGCUAUCUGCCUCUCUUUGAAGGAUUUAUACACUUUAUGUCCAGCAGACUGCAAAUUCUUUUUUCCAUCCAAUAACCUUUCACAAGACAGAGAAUACAAAAAGUGGAUACGCAUUCAUAAAUAUGGUUAUUGUUUGCCAGUGAUCCAAAGAGGCCAGUUUUCUAAUGUAUCAUGUCUUGGAAAAGUUGUUAAAAGAAGAGUAUCUGGAUUGAAAAAAUGUCUUUCAUCAGCAACUCUGGAUGAAAAAAUUAAAGUAGUACAACUUCCAGAAUUCCUAGAACAACAUAGUGUCAAAGAAAUUGCUUUGUCAACAACAUCAGCAAAAGUGCUGUUCUCCAAGAGAGACAACAUAGAUCUAUCAAUUUUAUGGCUGUGUGACUUUACAACUGGCAAUGUCAAAUUAAAACGUUUUAAAAAAGAGACUGGUCUCCUUGUACUGGGUAUGGAAAAAUGUCACCCACCUCUUAUCCUAAAAGAAACUGGAAUAUUUGCAAUAGUUGAUGAGCUUCACCAAGAGGAAUUUGUGGAUAAGGUUAUGACUUAUGGCGGAGCUCGUUUCACUGAUGAACUGUGCCAGAUGAAUCAUUGGGGGCGUUGUUCAUUACCCCUUCGGGCUCUGGAACUUGGCUUAAAAUAUCGACAGAUUGACACUGUCACCAUAUUCCUGCAGACUAGACAGAAUUUAUUCUCACACGAGAAAAAAACUGAUGGGAAUGAACAGAAGAAUGGUAAUGUAAAUAGCUGUCUGCCUAAACUGCAGGCAUUAGAACCAGCUUAUCGACUGCUAUUGCAGAGCAUUGAAGACAACAUGGCUGAACAACAAUCUUUAUUCUUUGCACAACAACUACUUGGUAUAAUGUUAAAUCAUUUAUAUUCUGUGCUAAAUGACAUCCUUGCGUUCAAGAAUUCUUUACUAGACAAUAUUGCACUUGAAGUCUUGCAAGAAACAGAGUCAAUGACCCAAACUGUUCUACAGUAUAUUGCUAAAGUACGCACAUAUAUGAAUGCUUUUGGUUUGAAGAAACAGAAUUCUCUGACAGAUGAUGCUAAAAUAGGAAUCUGCACUUCAAUAGAAAGCAGUACAGCUGAGUACAAUGAAUGGUCAGAAAUGGAUGUGACGGAUGCCAUUGAAGAUAGCAUUAGAAAAAAUACUGUCCCUAUUGUCCAAUACUACCUUCUCCAACAGAACUCUCCAGAAUUAGCCAGUCUUUCUGAAGUUACUCGUUUAGGUUUACUUCAAGGAAUUAAAUAUUUGAUGAAUGCCAAGUUUGAUGAAGCAUCACUACUCCUAUCAAAUCUUGGUUAUAAACCUGUAGAAAAAUAUUGGGAAUUUGCCCUUUACACAAAUGAUUGCUUGUUAAGAGACUGUAUUCUUAAUUAUUUCACGGAAACAACUGAAGAACAGCAGAAAUUAAUUACUUUCUUCCAUUUAUUACAACAAACUUAUCCUUGUAUCUCAUAUGAAAAGGCUAAAGAAAAUAUUUUACCAUUAAAUGGCUGGAAAGUUGUGGACGCGAUUGCUGCUUGCAUGAGUAUUGCACCAUCUUGUGUUAAUAUCAAAGCAUCCUGUGGAGAAGUGAGCAUUAACAAACCUGAGGAAUCGGUGUCUCCUGUAACCUCCCCAUACAGUGAUGUGCAACUUGAUUGGCUUUUGUCUUGGUCCUAUGAUACCAGACAUUUGGUUAUUCUUGAUGCCAAUAUGACCAGUCAAGCAGCUGCUCCUGUCCAGAAUGUUCCUCCCAGUGUCAUGUGGGAAUACUUAGUCAGCCACAACCGGAUUGAUGCCGCAUUAAAUUGGUUAUUCGAACAUAUCAGUUCGAAAAAGGAAUUAGUCACACCACCUGAUGAUAUUUCUUAUCGACAAAUUUUUCAUAUUGUCAAGACUCAUGGAACAAACUAUCUCCAGGAAUUGGUUCAAACUUUACUAGCAGCAAACGGAAUUCUGGAUCCUUCACUAUUGACUCACAAUUUUGCAAUGUUCCUUCAUUUAUUGAACCACUUAAAAGGUGUUUUAAAACUUCCUUCCCCAAUAACUGAAGUGAAAACAUGUUCCAUAGAAUUACGCCAAUUCCACCAAGAUAUGAUUGCUUAUUGUACCAAGAACAACUUUGGUUAUCUGCUGUGGAAAUACUGCCAGAUUCAUAAGAUUAGCCCCAAGCAAUUAUCUUUGCAAUACUUUGAGAGUAACGAAGACAUGUGGAUGAAGAUGUUCAACAGCUUUUAUGCUUUAUCUAUAAACCCUUAUGACACCAGCCCCAUUUAUGAAGCUAGCUUGUCCAAUGCUGCAGUUGUUUGGAACUUGAAGGAACCAUCAGUUACUGACCUCAUCCAAGAAGGUCAUGUUUUAGCUGCCUUAGCAACUAUUCUUUAUGGCAAUGACCUGUUAACCUCAAUGACUGCCAGCUCCACUGUUCCUGAUAUAUUCCAAGGAAUCGACAUGAAUCUUCUUGAAGAUAGCCUACUUCACUACCCUCGGCUACAUGAUGCCUUAUUUCCAACUUCAGUGAAGAAAGUUUGCCAAUAUGAUAUCACAGUUUACCAGUUAAUGAAAGGAAACACUCCAUUUGAUCCUGCCUGGUUGUAUGGAUGGCAGAAUACAAAUACAUCAGUGGUUGAAGAAAAUUUGAAAGUGAUGCCUCACUUCUCUUUACCUGAGCUGGUUUCUAAAUAUGCUCAACAUGAAGACAUUGACUUUACAUAUUAUCUGCGGCAAGGAAGACCUACAUUUGCUUUCUGCUCUUUCUUAACUGAUGAAUUCAACCAUGGCACUGUUAUCGCUCAACAUAGAGUGCAAUAUGCUUGUCAGAUUGCCACCAAACUGGCUGUUAAGUAUUUCAGUCAAAGCCAAGUGUCCGCAUCAUGUGCAGCUUUUGUAGAAAUGCUUGGAGUUGAUAGCAUUUUGCUUCGUUUGUUGGUGAACAUUGGUAAUAAGAUUGUCGCUUAUAGAAUGAACAAGCUGAAAUCUUGGGGAGGCUCUGUUCAAUGGAGAAAGGAUUAUAACCAGCAAUUUGAGCAAGAAACAGGUCAGUUGUUAAUGGGCUGCCUUAAACGAAAACGAAAUUCAGCCUCAGAGCUGCUCAAUACUUUAGAAGAUGCUACUGAGUAUGAUAUUGAAAAGGAAGAAGUUUCACCUUUUGGUUUUGAAGCAGGUCAUUUAUGGACGCAAUCGAUUCUAUUGUGUUAUCAUCUUCAUCUGCCUUACUCGACUAGAUUUCUAGAGAAUUGUGCCAAAACCAAUAAUUGGUUACCUUUCCUUUGGUUUGCACAGUUGCAUCAAUAUCCCAAAGAUCAGCUUUUACAGUUAGUACCAUGGUUUCCUAGUCCUCAUCUUCGAGAUCACAUAUUCUACAUUGUAAAUAAUGCUCAAAACAAUCUUUUCACGGAGACUGAAGAGACAACUACCAAAACUGACUUGGAAAUAAAAAAACCUGCUACUAAAGCAUUUCGUUAUGGUUUUUAUAGCAAAAUAGGAGUAGCUUCUGACACAGGGCAAAGCAGUUCUGAUGAAGAUGAUGCUUUAAUAAUCAAUUCAAACAAAGAAGAAAAUAAAGAGACUAAUCAGGAAUUUGAUCUUAACCCUAUGUCUGCUCCUGAAGAUGUUUUCAGAGUAAUUUUUUCUGCCCAAGCAAGUCGGAGUGUUUGGAAAAGUCUUUUGUCAUAUGGCAUUGCGUUACGCAAUCCCUUGUUCACAGAACUAGCAGCUUGUCAAAGAGAAGCUAACAUUCUCAGUUGCUUGUGUGGUUGGUUGAUUGCUGUUAUGAACGAUCUUCAGCAUCAACACUUCCUGAAGCAACAUGUUUUGCCUGUUACCAAGUGGAACUUGAAAGAUUUACGUGAACUUACUGAAAUAUUCAUCAGAAACAAAUGGUUAGCUAAUCUAACAGUUGGAUUUGCUAUUUUCCAAACAGACACACCUAUGGCAUUCUUCCUAAAAUUCCUUCACUGUUGUCUGGAGAAAUAUGAUUAUGCAGAAGCUCAGAUUUAUCUGGAAAGUUUUAAACACUCUGUUCUAUAUAAACCAUCUAAAGAUAAGAUGUCCUCUAUUAAUCACAUGGCGCAAGUAUUUCCAAUGGUUGGUGACAUUUCAUGGCAAGAGGAAACUUGUCAGUGCCUUAUUAGAGAGCUGUUGACAGGUUUGCCAAAUAUCUCUGAUGUUGUGAAACUCUUGAAAUACUUAACUCAGUAUAAUAUCAUUUCAGUAUUCACAUAUCAACCAGGUUUGAAUUACUCUCAACUUUUGCAAGUGGCUGAAAUCCUUCAGAAGAACCAACUCACUAUCCCAUUCUCCUCUUUCCUGGUGAAAGAUCGACAACAUUUAGCCACCCAGGUGGAGCCCCUAGUGGCAGAAAUUGUUAACAAGAAGCUCUAUGAUGAUGCUCGUAUGUUGUGUGAGUUUGCUGAUAUCAAUCAUGAAGAAAUAACAUUUACUGAGAUUAAUAAUGAAAAGUCAAAGCUACAGAAAAGUCAUUGCUGGUUGUCUGAAUUUAUCCGUGUAAAUUUCUGGAAAGAUUGUCUUGCAAAAUUUAAUAGAUACGGUGUAUCUCCUAUGAGAAUUGUGCAGUUUUUCCAGGAUGAGAUUAACAAAUGUAACCAGAAUAACACAAACAUGAAUGAACAGGCCAUUAUGUAUGAACUCUGUGUACAAAGUUUGAUAGAUGCACCUGACCCUUCAGGAAAUCUCUAUGCUAAUUAUAUAAAUGAUCUCAGUCAUAAGAUGUGGUAUUGCAGAAUUAUGGCCAAAGUACCAAAAGUUGAGCGAAUCCCUUCAUUGGUGGCACCUAUUGAUGAGAUAUUUUCAGGAGUUGAGGAAACAUAUCCAGUUCAAUCAAAAACAUCUGCAUUGAAGACCGAGCUUCUGCAGCAUGGGAAAAUGCCUAAUAUAUCUCAAAAACAAAGUGAAUUCUCUGAUAGUGAACAAAGAGCUGUAAGUCUAUUGAUUGGUGAACUUCUCAGUGAAGCACAUCUGUCUGACUGCUGUAGAGUUGCUGCUGAGUUUUCAUUCUAUAGUCAAGACCUUGCUAUCAUUUUGACUUGCAUCCGACUCAGCAUUGGUUCCAUCAGUGUUGAUGAAAUAGCACCUGAAAUAAAGCAACUUCUGCUAGAGUCUGCAGAUAUCAACAAAAAUCCCGCCACCAAGUUUUCUCGACAGUUCAACAAUGGCACAUCCUUCUUUCGGCUUUCUAAUGCAAGUCUUGGUAGCCUGACAGGUGUUGGUAAUUUGACUCUGUCUCCUGCUCAAGACCAACUCAUUUCUGUAAUGGAGCAACUGUUUAGUUUGUGUGUCCAAGGCAAGGAAUGCUGUCGGAGAGUUUUGAUUGCGAAGAAAAUAGCUCUGAUUUUAGAAAAGAAAUACGAGUUUGUGAUCACAUCAGAUGAGUUCACAAUUCUUGAAAUGCUACUGAAAGUCAAUAACAAUGCCCGUUUUCAGUUAGCUAAGGAAUUUCUUGCAACAAGCACAGUCUCAGACAAUCAGCUUGCUGGGUUCCUGUCUGAUGCUAUAAUAAAAUCUCUGAAAGUGUGUGCCCCUGAAUUGAGAAGUCCAAGUCUAAAUUCUCCAUCAUCUGUCUGCAAUGAUCUUAUCUUUAACCCAAUUGCUGGAGGAGAAAGUUACCAAAUUCUUCAACUAUGUCAAGAUCCCAGUCAACUUGGCAACCGCUUAUUGGAUGCAGUAGCUUCAUUAGCAUCAGAUACAAGUCAAGACAUUUUAACUGUACAAACUAAUAUGCUUAUCCUGGCCCAUCAUUGCCACACAUCAGCAUGUAAUAUGGAAGGAAUUUCUAAUGUUCUAAGAGCUGCUCGUGUUUUAAACCAGCGCCUUUCACAGGCUGAAGAAUUUAAUUUGAUGAUCAGCCUUUUAACAGGUGUUGGCCGCUUCAAUGAGAUGACCUACAUAUUUGAUGCUCUGAAGCAACAUCAUCAGUUUGAGCUGCUGAUGAGGAAAGGAAUGGAAAAGGAAGAUCAGCUGAGGUCUGCAAUUUUAGAUUACCUCAAACGUUUUCAUCCCAAUGACAGUGACAGUUACACCAUGGUGGCCCUAAAUUUUACAAUGUUUAGAGAGAUUGGUCAAAUGCUUGAGGAGUUGGCCCAAAAGAAUUUGGAUAUAUUAAAAAGGAAACCACUAGUGAACUCUUCAGAAGUUGUAUUGUUGUUACAAAAGAUUCACCAAUAUUUUUCUGAUGCUGCAAAAAGCUAUAUGAAGGAUAAUAUCCUCCGCCAUGCUGAAUAUUGUGUCCGACAAGCUCGUUUGCUUCUUCUACAGAUGGAUCUCUUACCUGCUGGUAUUCAUGUCAUCAAUUUAACACCUGAAGAAGCUACCAAUUUCAUUAAAGAACAUCCUAAGUUCUCUGAGGCAUUGAUUGUUAGUGAGGCUUACAAUAGAAAUGCAGUUUGGAGUGAAGCACUUUGUAAUCGCAUCAUUAUUCAUGGAGACUUUCGCUACCUGCAAGAUUUGAAAGCCUAUAUUCGACUGAAUCCUUCCCUCAUUAUUGAUACCAUUGACAGGUACAAACAGAUGACACAAAAACCUCCUCAGUGUUUAGAUAACAUAAAGAAACUUUUAACACACUGCAAAGAUAUACGUCUUCAGUAUCAGCUUGGAAAGGAACUGGAACUGAAAGAUUUCAUCACUCAGCUUGAAGAUGGGUCUAAUUCUGCAUAUAUUCUAGACCUUGAAGCUUUAAGAGGAAGUAGCCAUUUCAGCUUUUGAAAAGGGAACAGAAUAACAACAGAGAUUGUAUCAAAUCAUUUGCGGCCGAGAAACUGUUUGUAAGAAAAUCCAAAUCACUGUCAGAGUUACUUUGUGUAAACAUUUGCUGCUGAAGUAACAUACUGAAAAACUAUAAUUGAAUUAAAUGAAUGUGCAAGUUAAAAGAUUUAGGGCUUCAAUUUUUUGUAUUGUGACAUCCUUUUCAAUUUCUGUCAGUUUGACCCCAGUUUUCCUUCUUUGAGCUUAUAGAUAAUUGUGUUUUGUAACAGAUGUAACAUUAAAAAUAGUCCCAGACUAUCCUUACGUAAGUAGACCUUUAUGUAAUUGUUACUUUCUUAAAUGAUAACUAUAUCUAAUUUGAAUAUUUCAAAUCAAAGCCAUGUUUUGCAGCCUUAUGUUAUAGACUCAUCAAAAAAGUUGGUCUUCUUAUGUUGGGUUAAAUGAUAUCGGAAAGUAUUUUUGACUUCUAAAUCUAUAUUCAGUAACUCAUUUAUAGACCUGUCUGUAUUGGACAUAACAUGUCCUCCUAUUAUUUGCUUUGUACUUUUAAAAUUACUGUAUUAGAUCAACUAGAAAUUUGCUAUAACUUGUUUGUGUGUGCACAUACACACACACAUGAGCGCACACACACAUGUUGAUUGUUAGAGCUGUAUCGUUUAAUAUGAAAGCAAUCCUUUGGAUAAGUUAUGUCAGCCAAUUUAUAAAGUAUUGUCAAAAAGUGUCAAGUAUCUUUUUGGUUCAGAAUAUAUAAGAUACAUUCACUUUUAAGAGCAUGAAAUUAAACAUGGCAAUAUUUACAAGAACUAAAAUUCAUGCUUUGUUGCAGAUUAAAGACUUAAACAUCUAUAAACUUCUAUAAUUUCUUAUAAAAAUUAAGAAUUAAGGGAUUCACAUCAAAUCAGGAAGUAAUAGAUAUGCAUGUUUUUUUCUUCUUUAUUUGAUGGAGCAAAGACAUAUAUAUAUAUUUGUUUUGCAAGAUUCCUGAUAUGAAAUCAUAUGUUGUUUUAAUAGGGUAUGGUCAUUUUUUUCAUUUUGUCAAUUAACCACACACAUUAUAUACUUGUUCUUUAUUUCAGCUUUAUUAUUAUUCUUAUUCAUAUUUAACUGUAAGAUAACUGAAUUGAAAGUUGCUUGUUUUGAUAAACUAAAAUUCUACUUAACUUAGAACUUAGUGUCAGGUUCAUAAAAUGAGUUUGUUUUUUUUUUUUGAAAUAAGGAUGGAUGAAACGUGUUGACCAAGUUAAAAUUCAUGUUGAUAGUAACAUAUAUAUAUAUUGUUAUCAUUUAAUUUACAAAACCAUUCAUAUUCAAAUAAUGGAUGAUUAAAUAUCAAAUCAUGUUUUGUAAUAUGAAAUAUAUUUUAUAACGUUAUCUCCUGGUACAACAUUCCAAUCAUUUUUGUGUUGUGCAUGCUUUAUUAUAUAUGCAUUGCAAUAUCAUCCAUUGAUGUGUGUGAACAUAUGUAUAAAGCACUCUAAUGUAAAUGUACAAGUUACUCAUUUAAAAAUAUUGUCUGAAAGUGUUAAUUUCUGUGCAAUAAGUAUACCCUUCCUGAGCUUGUAACAUAUGUUGAGUUAUAUUUGACAGACAGGAUAUUCUUGUACCUUACUGAUCAUGGAAGAGGUUAAAUACAUGCAUUAUGUUGCAGGGUGUAUUUGUAACGUUUAUGUGAGUGUUACCUUGUGUUUUCCAGAGAAAACAAUAACUUGUAAUAUAAUCAAUAUUUUUAAAAACCUAAUGACUAUUUCAUCCAUUUUCAUAGAGUUUUUAUCUAAACGUGACUGUCAUUACAAUAGAUGCGGUAGUUAUUGUUUUUAUAUGCUGGUUGCAGAAGUAGCAGGUCAUCUGUAACAUAACUUCAACUGUGAUCUUACACAGCAUAUCUGUGAUACAUUGCAAUCCAUAUAUAACAACUUUUUCUGAGCCAAAAUUAUCAGAUCAGAUGUCUUAUGUAUAAAUUUGUGGAAUAAAGAAAACAAUCAUUUUGAAAUUGA